AUGGCUUCAAUGGGUGAAUUAUAUCGUAAUUACUGGAUUCUGGCUGAUGCCAAGGAGGAGGAUCUGCCCAAGGUACGGCUGAGACUUAAUUUACUGUGUCUUUUCUUAAUAGUCCUCUUUAGUCCACCUACCUUUUCUACAAUUGUAACUAUAUAAAUAUUUCCCCUGGGUCUUAAUACAGCUUGAACUUAUUAUUUUGUUAGCUAAGUAUGACAAUAAAUGUAAAUGAAUCCAGAUUGGAACUGGAUAUUAAACAUUGCUUAUUCAAUCAAACAUGGAAAAAUAUAGCGCUAGACUGAAUACAAUUCAGAGUGACCAGAAAGGGUGGGGAAUCUGUACAUUCUUCUCUAGUACUUUGAAUACAGCUCAAUGCUGCUUAAUGCAGUUAUUGUAUAUUAGAAAUGCUGUUGUAAUUUAAACAUUUUUGUCCUCAAAACCUAAAAAAUGCUACAUCAUUUGACCAUACAACCAAUUUUCAUGCUAACAUUGUUUCCUGUUUUGUCUCUAAGUUCAUGUUUUUAUCGCUUCUCAGCACAAACAAUCAUAUGCUGCAAUUUUGGAUGGCACCAGUGGAGGAUUUAAGGAAAGAAUGUUGGCAGCCCGAUUGAUCCCCAAAUUCUUUAAGUACUUUCCAGAACUGUCUGCUGUUGCUUUCACUGCCCACCUUGAUUUGUGUGACGACAAAUAUAUUUCAGUAAGUAAUGCAAUUAUGGUUAAGUGUUGUCUUUCUAGUUUUUUAACGUAUAGAACCAAACUAUUUACUGUAUACAGUGUGUAUUGAACAAUGCAAUUUGCUAAUGAAUCCUGUAUAUAGGAAUAUUUUCAGUUCUAUUAAAAUACCAUACAACUUGCAACAUUUAGACAAAAUUGGCAUCACAUAGAAUGUUUUUACUAAAUUAUGUAAAGAAAAAUGCUAAUUUGUCACAAUUCAGUGUUUUAUAACCAGGUCAUACAAACUGUGCCUUUUAUGGUUCUCUCUCAGUUUUGUAAUUUUCUACAUUUGUUAAAUGGCUGGUAGAAUUAUAUUGUUCAACUGACGUUUGCAACAAAUUCAAAGUGAAUUUCCAAAUUUUAGCCUUAGAUUUAAAAUUGAAUUUGAAUUUACUUUAAAUUCCCAUCAAUUCUCAAUUUAGUAAAUGAGCCUUACUUUCUACUGUGAACCUAAUUGGAAACUACCAAACUAGUGGAUUGAGGUUCUACAAACUUAGUUGUGUUUUGUCUAUAUUUUGCAACUCUGGAGCAUGAUCAAUGCAUUCAGAAUUGUGGGGAAUUGACUUGCUUAUAAAAGUCUUUCCAAUUCUCCUGUAAAGGAUAAACAUGUGAAAUUCUCUAGUCAACUCCCACAUUUCCCAGUGUAGUGAAGGGGUCUCUUCAUGUUUAAAGGAUUCUAUUUUAUGGAUCUCUUAUUAUCUCUCACCUCUCCUGAACAUAUAUUCCAAUGUGUGCACAAGGAAAUAAAUGGAUGCAGAUAAGAAUUACUGAUCGGCUGUUUUUGUUUUCUUACAAGGUUCGCCAUCAAGCUGUACGGGGACUGUUGCAAUUUGCCACAAAUGAAAACCUACCUAACGUUGCUGAUGUUCUUAUACAGUUGUUAAAGACAGGUAUGAUAUACAGGCUGUGCAUACAAGCACUAAAUUAAGUCUUUCAUUGACUUGAAUUGUGUUGAACUAAGAAAUGGACUUUAACCCCUUAAGACCGGAGGGCGUACAAUUACGCCCUAUUUUAGGCGGCUCUAAACGACGCCGGGCGUAUUUGUACGCCCUCCGGUCUUUCAUUACUUACCCGGUCGCCAGCGGUCCCACGCCAGCGAUCACGGUGGGGGGGACUCCCAGGGAGCCCCCCCACGGUAGAUCCUCCUCCUCCGGUCCCCCGCGGCCAUGUGAGAGUGAGGUCCUUGCGAGGACCUCACAUUCACAUGGCCGGGUAGGCUGCCUCCUGCAUUGCCAGCAGGGGGGCUGCCUGUAAUGACAGGUGGUCCCCCUGCUGGAUGAAAAUAAAAAUAAAAUAAAUUAAAAAGUGUAAAAAAAAAAUGUAUACUUAGAUCAUAUAUAUAUAUAUAUAUAUAUAUAUGAUCUAAGUAUAUAUAUAUACACAUAUACAUACACACACACACACACUGUCUAGGUGUAUUUUACUAUUAAUAUAUAUAUAAUUAUAUAUAUAUAUAUAUAUAUAUAUUAAUAUCAAAUUACACGUAGACUGAUAUUGAUUAAAUAUAUAUAUAUAUAAUUAUUGUUAUAUAUAUAUAUAUAUAUUUAUAUAUAAUAUAAAAAAAUUAAAUAUGUAAAUACGUUAAAAAAUUAAAUUAAAAAAUAAUUAAAAAAUAUAUAGAUGUGUGUUAUUUCAUUCUAACUGUAUUGUGAUAUUAAUAUAUAUAUAUAUUUAUAUCAAAAUACACAUAGAACGAAAUAAUAUAUAUAUCUACAUACAUAAAUAUAUACGUAUAUAUCACUAUAUAUAUACCUAUAUAUAAAUAAAAAUAUUUUUUUAAAAUUAUAUAUAUAUACACAUAUAGAUUCACAUACGUAUAUAUAUAUAUAUAUUAAUUCUACAUAUAUAUUUAUGUAAUAUUUUUACAUAAUUAGGUAUCUUAAUUAAUUACAAUUAGCGGGACCUGCCUGACAACCCAUGCCGAAAGUAAAGGGAAUUUAAUUUGCUAGCACUAUAUUUAACCCUAUAACUUUCCAAGACACCAUAAAACCUGUACAUGGGGGGUACUGUUCUACUCGGGAGACUUCGCUGAACACAAAUAUUAGUGUUUCAAAACAGUAAAGUGUAUUACAACGAUGAUAUCGCCAGUAAAAGUGAUGUUUUUUGCAUUUUUCAUGAUAUGUUUUGCUGUUUUGAAACACAAAUAUUUGUGUUCAACAAAGUCUCCCGAGUACAACAGUACCCCUCAUGGACAGGUUUUAUGAUGUUUUCAAAAGUUACAGCGUCAAAUAUAAGGCUUGCGUUUCAUUUUUUCACAUUAAAAUUCGCCAGAUUGGUUACGGUGCCUUUGAGACCCUAUGGUAGCCCAAGAAUGAAAAUUACCCCUAUGAUGGCAUACCAUUUGCAAUAGUAGACACCCCAAGGUAUUGCAAACGGGGUAUGUCCAGUCUUUUUUAGUAGCCACUUAGUCACAAACACUGGCCAAAAUUUGUGAUUUUUGCAUUUUUCACACAAACAAAUACUAACGCUAACUUUGGCCAGUGUUUGUGGCCAAAUGGCUACUAAAAAAGACUGGACAUACCCCAUUUGCAAUACCUUGGGUUGUCUACUAUUGCAAAUGGUAUGCCAUUAUGGGUGUAAAUUUCAUUCCUGGGCUACUAUAAAGUCCCAAAGGCAACGUAACCAAUCUGGCAAAUUUCAAUUUCAAAUGUAACGUGCUAUAUUUGACCCUGUAACUUCCCAAAAUGCCAUAAAACCUGUACAUAGGGGGUACUGUUUUACACGUGCAACUUUGCUGAAUACAAAAAUGUUUAUUUUAUUGCAGUAAAAGCAAACAGUAUUAUGACAUUGACAGUUAAAAUGUCAUGUAGAACUAAAAAAUGUUUUAAAAGUCUUAUUUACUCCUAUUUUUUCAUAUUAAAUUAUGUUUCAUAGCUAAAUAUUUGAUAUUAAAUGAAAGCCCUGUUUUCCCUGAAUAAAAUGAUAUAUAAUAAGGGUGGGUGCAUUUAAUAUGAAAGAGGUGAAUUACGGUUGGACAGACAUGUAGCGCAAAUGCCAGGUUUUGUUUACAUUUUGUUUCGUUCACAACGUGUACAUUUGGCUCCGUCCUUAAGGGGUUAAAGUCUAAUGGAUAUCCAUCACUGUACUGCCAAAGAAUGUCUUCUAAGCAGGAACUAAUAUUAGCUCACUUGAGCUAAGCACAGCAUUGAUGCAAAAGUUAUGUUAAAGCAACUGAAUACAUUUUUUUCUCUUUUAGAAGAUGUGGCCGAACUUGACUUGGCAAAUAAUGCUUUGUUGCAUAUUUUAAAAGUGGAUGCCAAAGGUAAGCAAAAUCUUUAUAUUUCUAUACAAUGUCAAAUAAAGUGAUGUUACAGAAAUAUAUAUAUAUAUAUCAAUUUCAAACAUACCAAGAUAUUUUGGGAUUGUUCUUCAGUAGUACAUCAUAAGGAAACCCUAAAAUAUGUAAAAUGCGUGUAAAGCUUAACUUUUAUAUUUAUUUUACAUUUAAAAAAAAAAAAAAAUUAAUCUUGAAACAAUGUUAUUGUUAUAUUUUUGCAGGCACAUUAAAAAAGAUGAUUCAUUAUAUCCGUAAAGGAAAGAAAAUUGUACGAAAGCGAGCCAUCAAAUUUCUUUCCUUGAAGCUAAAAUAUCUGCCGGAGGAAGUGAUGUCGAAAGAAGCCGAACAAUUAAUUCUGUUUAAUUACAAGAGGGUGAGUUUAGAAAUGUUUUGGGAAAAUAUAUAAUCUUGCAUAAUGUUUCAGUUUCAUGAGUUCAUAUCUAAACUAUCUACGGUCUAAUGUCUACUUUCAGAUUUUGAAGGUUGUCGGUGGAGAAGAUUUUUAUCUGUUUGUAAGAAUCCUUUCUUCUUUACAUAUCAUGCAAAAUGACAAAGGUAGACAGCUGCUGGUGGAUCUUAUGUUCAUGGAAGUUGAUCUGCAUGAAACUAAAAAUGCUGACAGUCUUGAUUCUAUAUACUGCUUUAUCAAGUGUACGCAACAAGUUAUGCCUUUCUUUUCGGUAAGUUAUAUUUGCUCUUAUAUAUUAUGCACAGUACUUUUUAAUUGAUAUAUUCGAUUACUCAUACUAAUUUUCACAAUUUUUUUUGUAGACAAAUGUCCACUCUAAUAAAUUUGUGACUCAUUUCUGUGAGAAGAUUCUUCCCAUAUUGGGCUCCUUAAACAAUCUAGAAGAUGGCAAUGAUGUCCACCUUGAGGUAUGUAGUGUCUAAUUUCUAGGUCAUAAUUAUUUUAUAAUGAAUUAGUAUUCAGUUUUAUUUGUCAGAACAGUAUAGAUGAGUGAAAGUAUCUUGGACAUCUAUGUCUACAUCAGAUUGACCAAACUGGAGCAUGACUUAAACCUAUUGGUAUAUUGUCUCUGUAGGUGCUGAAACUGAUGGCAGAAAUGAGCAGAUUCUGUGGCGUAAAUGACAAAAUCGAAUACUGUAUGCUUACAGUUUUUGAUACAUUACUGGUAUGUAUUUUUCAUCUAUUUUUUCACUACAUGGCCCUCUGAGAUCCUGUCACAUGUUACCUUUUCCAUAAAUAACCAAUGGUGCCAAAGCUCAUGGUUCAUGGUGAAUUAACUUGCAUCUUUCUGUAUUUUUGGUACAGAAUUACUUGCCUCCUCCCCCUGAAGAUGCAAAAGACAAUGAAGACAUUAAACUGCAUUUCAGCCAUAUCGAAUGCUUACUAUUUGUAUUACAACAGCUAGGAAAAAAGCUUCCAGACUUUCUCAUCAUGAGAGUGCAUGAAGAGAAACUAGCAGAUUUUCAAAUCAGGUAAGUUGUUUUUUAAUUCUGUCAAUAUAAUGCUAAUGCCACUAUAAAAUGAUUAAAUUCCAGUUUGUAUUUAUAAAAUGUGGCAAAUGCGGAGUUUACUAACACCACUAAUCUCUUACAGAUUACAAUACUUUGCUGAAAACCUUCAAGAAUUUAUUCAGCCAUUGCGUCUGGCUUUGGCAGAAAAUUCAGAGGAAAUUAUGAAACCUGAAGAGGUAAAAAUCAUGGUAUUAUUAACUCUGCAUUAUCACUUUAUUUAGACCAACAUUAUGGCACACACUUUGCAUUCUGACCUGCUUGGUUAACCACUAAGUUAUCUGGAAAAGUCACACUUCUGAACUGCAGGGGUACUAAUGUCACCCACAAAUGUUCGGUGCAAUAUGAAGGUUAAGUUACAGUUAUUUAAGGUUUUUGGCCUUUUAUAUUAAUAUAUAUAUAUAUAUAUAUAUAUAUAUAUAUAUAAUAUAGGUAUAAUGGCACUCACCCUUGCUGGUAUGUUAGAGAUCUUAUGCCCUGGUGCUAUCCCACGCUGGAGUAUAUAAUAUAUCAAUAAUAAGGAUGCACUCUCCGGUCUUUUUAAAUAUUCCAAAAGGUAUUUAUACCAUUACAUACUGUGACAAAUUGAUCGACGUUUCAACCCGUUCAGGUCUUCCUCAAGAAAUAUAUAAAUUUUUUAUAUAAAACAAUGUCAUGACUAAAGUUUUUGGGAGUUGUAGUUGAGCUGUUAGCUUUCUACAGUAUAACACUGACAUAUGAACUACAAUUCCUUGAAUAUCUUGCUGCUGACAUAACAUUGCAUAUGGCAAUUCAAGUUUGGUGAGAGGAGACACUUGGUAAUGCAAGAUAUGGUAUAAUCCAGCCGAGACUGCCCGUUUAACUGAGUAUUUUUGUUAUAGCAAUCUGAAUUAUUGUUCCUCUUGUUCAGUCUUUGAAAAUAUAUAUUUGAUCGAGUUUAUAUCUUUAUGUUCUAACCAAAUGUUUUUAUCUUUGUCUUUUGCAGCGGAAAAUCAAAAGGGAGGUCUUAAAAAUAAUGAGCAACAUUGAGACUUUGAGAGAGGUAAGCAUUAGACCCCACUCUAGUUAAAUGUUCUUAAAUAUACUUUCAUUACAAAAUUGCCUGUGUGCUUCCUUUUCCACAGAAAAAAAAAUAACUUUCUGGGGGGUUUUUCUUGUAGGAUUUGUCUAGCUUUCCUCCAUCCUAUAAAAGCUCGGUGACACUUUCUUGGACCCCAGAGACAGAAGCAGAGAUUGGGUAAGUGUUCAGCCAUAAUCAUUUCAUCUAAGUUUUACAUAUUUUUUUGACUUUCCAAUACUGAAGUAACAUAAGUUAAAUUUCUAUAGCAGCACGUAUAAAUUAUUUAAAGCUACAUUCUGAAAAAAAAAUCAUAACUGAGGAAUACUUGCUAAUCAGAUGGCCAUGUGUACAUGAUCAGACAUUAGAAGUCUCAGAUUCCAACACAGGAGCCCCAGAUGGGACUAUGGUUAGAUAGCUAAACUAUUAAUGGGCAGUCGGUUAGAAACUGGGCAGAAUUCCAUGGUACUGCCGAGAAAAGGCACACACUUAUUUUAAUAUGAUGUGUUAUCAAUAGUGUAUGAAUAGUUAUAUGUAUAUAUUUAACAUUUUUAUUGAAAGUUUACAUCUGCACAGACUGUAGUUUGUAGAGAUGAGAUUGACAUUGACAUAUUCUUCUUUUCCAGACAAAAAAGAAAGUUUGAAAUGACUGCUUCUGUGUCUCCCCCAAAGAAGCAGAAAACAAAUUUGAUUAAAUAA